UUCAGAACAUGUCCCGUCUUCUCCUCCUCGCCCUGCUGUCCAGAGUAGCUGCCGAGGUCUCCACGCCAUCCAGCCUGCUUGGACCCAGGCAUUUCAAUUAUCAAUCUUUUGAACAGUACCUGAAAGAGGUCAAGCCUACCAGACAAGGCCCAGUCGUCUUCCCUAACGACGCCCCCCCACCGCCGCGGCCCCCCUUGAUCGUGACGUCACGGCCACUCACUGAGUCCAUAGCCAGAAGCGAGCUGAACAACUCCGUGGCCGAGCAAAGCCGGGUGCACUACCAAUAUGAUUACGAGCAAGAGCAACCUGCUCUGCCGCCAAUCUACAGGGCGAUAUCAGACCACGCCAACAAGAAUCUACGGCAGCUGCAGAAAAUACCUUCUCACAGUAAUUAUAAGUUUCAGAUCAAGGAGCCGGACUACUCAAGACAGUACGAAAGCAAUAACGUGAACGAUGAUGACAACAAUGAUUAUAAUCAAGCUCAGAACUAUGCGUUCUCCUACAUAGUACGAGACCAGAAAACCGGUGAUGACUUCUCCCAUUCACAACACAGCAGCGGCUCGGCCACCAACGGGGAGUACCGGGUUCGACUCCCCGACGGGCGCAUGCAAAUAGUCUCAUACACGGCCGACGAAAACGGAUACAAUGCUGAUGUUAGAUACGACGAUGAAAAAAAUGGAAAUAACAUAGAUUAUAGAAAAUAUAACAGCAAUCAUAAAUCCAAUCAUGAUUAUGUCAGCAAUCAGAAACCUAUUAUUAAUAGUGAUUAUAUAAAUUAUAACAAUCAUGAGCAAAAACAAAAUUAUGCAAGCAAUCACAGACAUUAUGAUAAUAAAAAUGAUUUCGACAGGAAUUACAUUGAUAAUUAUAUUAACAAUGUAGAUUAUAACACUCAUUAUGAUGUUAAUAAUGUGAAAAGAGUUAAUGAUGUAGUUAAUAAUUAUCAUGUAGAUACCAAACCAGUGACAGAAAAUCAUGCAUCUAAAGAGGAUUAUCAAUAUAAUGAUCAACAAUCUAAAGAGUAUUAUGGUAAUGAUUAUUCAUUAGAAUAUGAAGAUAAGUAUAAUAACUACAAUCCUCAUAAAAGCAAAUUCACUGCCUUUUCUGGACCUAAAAAUCCCAAAUUUGUACCUAAAAAGACUUACAGUACGGCCUCUACAGUCGUACCUUCCUAUGAAGAAUUGAAACCACUUUUCAUUCAAAAGAAGCCGUUUAAAUCGCCGUCAAAUAAUGAGUAUUUAUACUCGCAAGUACCAAUUGAAAUUAGCGUACCUUCUACAACACCUAGUCCGUACUUUGACGCAACUACAGAAAGAGUAGUAAUAAUAGGUACAAUGAAACCAAAUUUUUAUACCAAUAUUAGAAGUAGUAUAGGUCCAAGUUUUAUACCUGUUACGCCUGUUCCAAAAUACGCGAGUCCAGUAGUGACAACUCCUAAAGGCUUUUUGGCGUCCACGAUUGCUUCUUUUGUAAAUUUGAAAAAGAAUAUUGACUUUUCGGGUGCGAAACCAGUUCUGACUAAUACUUUUAUUGAUAAGAUUAAUAAGUAUUUAAGUUAUACUUGA